AUGAACUACCACCCGCAAGGCGCUGCGCCGCCGCCGAUGGCCCAUGGCCCGCCACGGACCAUGAUGCAAGGCAACGCUCCGCAAGGCGUCGCCGUCAUGAACGGUACCGUGCGCAAGCUCCUGCGCCAGACUAUGGGCGACCAGAUCGAGUACGUCACGUCCAUCCCGCAAGUCCGGUCCUUUGUCGCAGCCGUCGACUCGUUCUGCCAGACGACCGAGAGUCUUGCGUCGCUCGGCAAGUCGCUCUACGCGUCUGGCUCGGUCGUAUUUGUCGUCGACAAGAGCAUGCGCGUGAUCCUUUGGAACGACACGGCGGUCGCGCUCACGGGCUUUACCCGGGACGAAGUCGCGGGCCGCAACUUCCUCGACCUCCCAGGCCUCGUGCCUGUCUCGUCCAGCUCGAUGCUCGAGCAAGCGCUCUUCAGCUUUAUGGACGGCGCCAACGGCUCGCGCGCGCCGCUGGAGGUGUCGCUCUUCGCCAAGGCCGGCCACGAGCUGCGCCUGCUCUGCGAAUGCACACCGCUCGUCGGCAACCCCGCGGGCCCUGGCAUGCUCGUCGUCGCCCAAGACCUCGCCAUGUACGACAACGUCAAGACGCAGCGCGAAAUGGCCGCCCUCGCCGAGACGCCUGCGCUGCACGCGAUGCCCUCUGCCGCCCAACAAGCAGCGCCACCUACCAACCCGAUCGUUGCUCGCAACCCGAAUCCUGGCCGGGGCACGUCAGCGCUCACGGGCUGGGACGAAAUUGCCCCGCACUAUCAGAUCGAGACGGUCCUCGGCCAAGGCAGCUACGGCCAAGUCGUGCGCUGCAAGCAUCUGCCGACAGGGGAUGUUGUCGCGAUCAAGAAGAUCCAAAACGUCUUUUCGGAUCCCAUUGACGCCAAGCGCAUCCUCCGCGAGCUCUGCAUCCUUCGGCAGCUCAAGCACCGCAACAUUGUCCAGAUCCGCGAAAUUCUGUGUCCGGCGGACCUGACCUCGUUCCAAAACCUCUACGUCGUAUUUGAGUUUCUCCCGUCCGACUUGGAAAAGCUACUGCACUCGCCGCAGUUUCUGACCGCCGAGCACAUUCGCUGGCUCCUCCUCGACCUCCUCAAGGCGCUCAAGUACAUGCACUCGGCGUCGAUCGUGCAUCGCGACCUCAAGCCCGCCAACGUGCUUCUCAACCUCUCACCGGUCGCGAUCAAGAUUUGCGACUUUGGCCUGGCCCGCACGAUUGCAAACCCGACGUCGAUUCCGUCCACGUCGUCCUCCAAGCGCAAGCGCGAUGCAAGUCCAACGGGCGCGGCCGCCAAGAAGAAGAUCCAGCGACAGCUCACCGAGCACGUGGUCACGCGCUGGUACCGAGCGCCCGAGAUUAUCUUCCGGGACCACGACUACUCGACCGGCAUUGAUGUGUGGAGCGUCGGCUGCAUCUUUGCCGAGCUCCUCUCGAUGCAGAAGACGUCGGUGCCGUCGCACUUUAACCGCGAGCCGCUCUUUCCGGGCGUGAGCUGCUUUCCAUUGAGUCCGGGUGCGAGCCAGAUGGCGCUGCCCCAAGACAGCCGAGACCAGCUCAACACGAUUCUGCGCGUGCUCGGCAGCAUGGCCGACGACGACAUUGCCGAGGUCGCGGACCCGGACGUGCGCUUUUACCUCCGGUCGCUGCCCCCCCAAGCACCGAAACGCUUCUCGGAGCUGUAUCCCGGCGCUGAGCCCGAGGCCAUCGACCUCCUGCAUCAAAUGCUGCACAUGAACCCGCGCAAGCGAGCGAGUGUCGAGGACGCACUCAACCACCCGUACCUCGCGAGCAUUCGGUCGAUCGAAGAAGAGGAUGUGGUCGCAUCGUACGGCAUUGAGCUCGAGUUUGAUUUGCGUCCGGGCACGCUCUCGAUCGCCGACAUUCGCAAGCUCAUGGCGGCCGAGAUUGGCUACUACCACCCGCAGAAGCAACAGCCCAACACCCGGGCGCGCCACUAAGACGCACCAUCCACUCCAUUCAUCCGCCGCUCGCCUCAUCGACCGAAGACGCUGUCGCGCAGGAUAUCUAACCAAUACCACACCCCUAUACUGUCUCGAC